AUGAAGUUUGCUACCAGCCUCGCCCUCGCGGCAAUCGCCGUCACCACCGCCCACGCUGGUAGCCCGUCAAUGAUGAAGGAUUUACCCACCGAGACUCCUUCGGAGUCAGAAGGGCUUGGCGGGUCUUGCAACUUUGUUUGCAUUCAAGUGAUGAGUCCCGUGACGGACGAGAACGGAGUCACGUACUCGAACGAGUGCAUGAUGCAUGCAGCCAAGUGCAAGGAUAAUGGGAAACGGGAGGACCCCUUGGAGGAGUACAAGCGUAUUUACGGCAAGCCCUUCGGUGCCCCACGCGAUGACGACGAAGACGAAUCCGCCAGUUCGAAUACAGUCACUCAGGGCGAAGACUCGGACGAGGACGAAUCAGCAUCUGAAGAAGAAGGCUCAGCUGAAGGCACCCCUAAGUCGUACUGCCCCAACAUCAUGUGUCUUGACGUGUAUGAACCCGUGACUGACGAGAAUGGCGUGACGUACCCCAACAAGUGUUCUAUGGAGGCCGCCAAGUGCAAGGGUCCGAGAGAGAACGUUUUGGAUGAAUACAAGCGGAUUUACGGAAAGGAGUUUGGUGCGCCUCGUGACGAUGAUUCUAGAGAUGAUGAAGACGCGUCUGCUAGCGAAGACAGUAGCAGCCCAUCGCCAGCGACUAAAAUGGUGAAGGGUACGAAGGACUCUGGUAAGGCGAAGAAGUCUACUAAGUCAUCGUCAACCACCUCGAGCGGCAUUGGACAAAUUUACGAGGACGGCUCAGAAGGUGUCAUUAACGAUGGCAACUCGACGCCUAGCAAGAAAUGUGCGAGUGCCUGCCCUGACGUCGAAUUACCUGUUUGCGGCUCCGACGGUGUCCGGUACUCGAACCCGUGUGAGCUCAAGAUCGCUGCCUGUAAGAACCCGGAGCAGAACAUCGUGGAGGAAGAUGGCGCCUGCAGCUCGAAGAAGACCGGUAAGAUCGACAUCCUGCCUGUCGUGUAA